AUGGAAGUGGCUCCUACGCUUAUGCUGAAUUCCACGGCGGCAUCACCUCCUGGAGGUGCUGUGCCUCCUGGGUUUCCUGGACGACCGUCGUUUCCGGGCUGUCCUGGUGCUCCUGGCUGUCCUGGUGGUCCGGGUGGUCCAUCGUUUCCGUUACCUCCUGGCUGUCCGGGUCCUCCUGCAUUUCCGGGAGCUCCAGGUGGUCCAGCUGGUCCAGGUCCUCCGGGAGUGUUGGUAGAGGUGGUGCCGCUCUGUCCGGGCUGUCCAGGUUGUCCAUCGCCUCCUGGGUUUCCUGGUGCUCCAGCAUCUCCUGGAGGUCCUGGCUGUCCUGGCUGUCCAUCUGAACCAGGCUGUCCAGGGCCACCUGGGUUUCCGUUGGGUCCUGGGCCUCCGGGAUUUCCAUCUGGUCCGGGUGGUCCUGCGGGUCCAGGUGGGCAAGUGACGCAACCUCCGGGUGGAGAUGGGCAGUUGACUGGAGUAGAAAGAAACCAACCAGGUGAUCCAGGCUGUCCGGGAGGUCCAGGAGGUCCAGGUGGGCAGUUGACUGUUGGAGUCGUGCACUGGCAGUAUGAGGGAAGACCGGCUUGCCUCUUGCUACGGAAGAUAGAGCCGAAGGGAUUCUCACGUGGCUUGGUUGGGGGAGCAACAGGUGACUUGGAAGUCCAUCAUCUGGCUCCAGGCGGAGUCAGUCUCGACGCGGAACACGGACACGCCGUCGAGGACCUCAUCGUGGAUCUCGUUGAUGGUGUUGUACAGCGACGGAACCACAAUGAGGCAGGCAACAAUGGCCAAAAGAGAGCAGGCCGAAGCCACGCCGACGAUGAGUUUUUCCUCGAACAUGUCGUGUUGUCAGCUUGGGAGCCAGUGCUCUUUUAUAGUGAUAAGCAUGGUUGCGCCAUUCCAUGCGGACUGCAACUUCCUAUAAUAACUGAUAAGUGGAUGCGAUUUUUUGGCGUUGUAAUUACUUCGCAGUAA